AGGGAUUGGCUUCAAAUAAGCCUCCCAAUCACAAUGCUCUCUAUAUAUCCUCACAGUGAGAAAUAAUGGGCAGGUCCUAAAUAUUUCUAACAGCCUCACAAAGCUCAUCAAUUUUCCCAACACAAGUAGAUCCUCAAAAGUUAAAGCUACUUCACUUUUACAGUCAUCCAAAGCUGAGCCAGAAUCAAAAGCAAAUUGAGUUGUGCCUGAGAUGUCUGGUGUUCUUCUUUGGGUGAGUUGUGGACCCAAAGAGAACGCUAUCUCCUUGGUGGGUGUUGCUGGAAGAGGUGUUAGAACACAGAGGAGGUUUAGAGUGUGCAGUGGAGUCAGUUUUGCAAGUCUUUCAAGUGCAGUUGCAAACCCUUCAAGAUCCUCUGAAGAGAGGGUCUAUGAAGUGGUGUUGAAGCAAGCAGCACUUGUUAAGGAGAAGAAAAGGGAUACAAAGAGAACUUUGGAUUUGGACAAACCCAUUGAAGGUGAUUUCACCAAUGGGGAUCUAUUGAAUGCUGCUUAUGAUCGGUGUGGUGAAGUUUGUGCUGAGUAUGCCAAGACUUUUUAUCUGGGCACCCAACUGAUGACCCAAGAGCGCAGAAAAGCCAUCUGGGCGAUUUAUGUGUGGUGCAGAAGAACAGAUGAGCUAGUGGAUGGUCCUAAUGCUUCACAUAUAACCCCCAAGGCCUUGGAUAGGUGGGAGCAAAGAUUAACUGAUGUUUUUGAAGGCCGCCCUUAUGAUAUGUAUGAUGCUGCCCUCUCAGAUACUGUCUCAAAGUACCCAGUUGAUAUACAGCCCUUCAAGGACAUGAUUGAAGGGAUGAGGUUAGACCUGAGAAAGUCAAGAUACAAUAACUUCGAUGAACUCUACCUUUACUGCUACUAUGUUGCUGGGACAGUUGGCCUUAUGAGUGUUCCAGUAAUGGGGAUAGCACCAGAAUCAAAGGCUUCAACAGAGAGCAUCUACAAUGCUGCAUUGGCACUUGGCAUUGCAAAUCAACUUACCAACAUACUCAGAGACGUUGGAGAAGAUGCUAGAAGAGGAAGAGUAUAUCUUCCACAAGAUGAAUUGGCACAGGCUGGCUUAUCAGAUGAUGACAUUUUCAGUGGGAAAGUUACCAACAAGUGGCGCAAUUUCAUGAAGGGACAAAUACAAAGAGCAAGGAUGUUUUUUGAUGAGGCAGAGAAGGGAGUUUCAGAGCUCAACUCAGCUAGCAGAUGGCCAGUAUGGGCAUCUUUGUUGUUGUAUAGGCAGAUAUUGGACUCUAUUGAAGCUAAUGACUACAAUAACUUCACAAAAAGGGCUUAUGUAGGAAAAGCUAAGAAGCUCUUAUCACUACCUGCAGCUUAUGGAAGAGCAUUUCUAGGCCCCCAAAAGUUAACCAAAAUGGUUACAAGAUGAAUAUUAUAUUGUACCCAUGAGCAUCACAUAUUUUGAGCUUGUAAAUUCUGUUCACUAGAAAUCAGAAAGCUAUAAUGUGUAUACUUUUUUAGUAUGAUUUAUACAUCUCAAGUAAGCAAUAUUCAAGAGA